UUUGAAGUGAAUUUCGUCGAUGAUUAUAAAGUCUGUACACAGGUAGAGGAUAGAAUACAACCGUACAUUCUUGUCUCUUUCUAGUGCUUAGUAGAGAAUUUACUGACCUGAUGCCAAAUAAUGUUCUUUUUAUUUGGAUAUCAAUCUUGAGUCAGAUAUGAAAGAGAAGGUUACGUCGUCAGGGAUGAAAGUCGAGCCUUUACCAUCUGAUUCUCCUGUCGGAACUAUUACUUGUAAGGCUGGUAACAGAAUGUGUAGCAGUUUGACAGCAGAAAAUCCUUUUCUGGAAACCGUGUUUUGUGAUAUCUGUUGCAUUGAGCCAGAUUUUUGCCGAGACUGUAGCUGUAUCCUUUGUCGUAAGUCUAUCAGUUUGGAUUAUGAUGGUUACAGUUAUAUUCGAUGUGAAACAACCGUAAUUGAUGGCUACCUAUGUGGACACAUUGCCCAUUUAAACUGUGCUCUACGAUGUUACUUGGCUGGGACCGUCGGAGGAAGCAUCGGUUUGGAUGCAGAGUUUAUGUGUCGAUAUUGUGAUGCAAAGACGGAUUUGGUUCCACAUGUUGCGAAGCUUUUAAACAUCUGCACAUCUGUUGCUUCCCGUGCUGACAUGGAAAAGAUUCUGAAUGUUGGCUUUUGUAUUUUGCGUGGCUCACAAAAAAGGAGUGCAAACCAGUUGUUGCACCGUAUUGAAUCAAUCAAGGCAAAGCUUGAACAAGGAGUCUGCAUUGAAGAUGUAUUCAAAGUGGAAGGCUGUGUGGAUUGCACUGCUUGUUUCUGGAUGCAAAUUCAAAAUCCCAGCCGAAUUCAAAAGACACUUGAUGAUUAUUCACAUCUGUCUAAACGUUAGUCAGGCAAAGUUACCCUAUACUGAUGGGAGGUAACAAGUACUUAGUGGAACGUGCAAGCUAGCCCGGACACCAUUGUCAUAAAAAAUGAUUUCGUACAUUGCUAUGUGCCAUUGAUUUUAACCUAGCUUUUCGAAUUUUUCGUUUAGCUUGCUAUUGGAGCAAAAAAAUAUCAUAACUAAGAGUUCAAAAAAGAACAAAAAAAAAGAGCAUAACUAAGAGUGUAAAGUUAGAACCUAUUUCGAGUUGCAUUUUCGUUUUUCCUAUAUUCUCCUCCAUUUAUAGGCAUGGGUAUAACUGAAAUAGAAAAUGCUGCCUCAUUGUGCCAUAGUCGGACAUUUAUAUCCAUUAUCAACGUGUGCUCAAACAGAAAUAGCAGAAGUCUUGUUCAUUAUUUGAACGAGUUGCUUACCUUCUUGUUCAAGUAAACAAACACAUGCUUAUGUCGAUUGGCAAGGGCAAACCUGUUUGCCCGGUUAC